AGGACAGGGGGCGCGGAGUCAGAGUGGCGCAGCAAGUAGCUGCAGGCGGCGGUGUCGGCGGCAGGGGGUUGGGGUAAGGUGGUUCCCUGUGGCGUCCGGGCCCGAAAGGGCCAGGAGAUAACCCGGCUGCAACCCGGCCUGCUGGCCCUGGGCCGGAGUCCCCGCCCGGGGCCAUGGACCUCAACCGGAUCAUCCAGGCGCUGAAGGGCACCAUAGACCCGAAGCUGAGGAUUGCGGCCGAGACGGAGCUAAAUCAGUCCUACAAGAUUAUUAAUUUUGCCCCCAGCUUGCUUCGGAUCAUAGUCUCCGACCAUGUGGAGUUCCCAGUGCGUCAGGCAGCUGCCAUCUACCUGAAGAACAUGGUGACACAGUACUGGCCGGACAGGGAGCCUCCCCCAGGAGAAGCGAUCUUUCCAUUCAAUAUCCACGAGAACGACCGACAGCAGAUACGUGACAACAUUGUGGAGGGGAUAAUUCGGUCUCCGGAUCUGGUGAGAGUCCAGUUAACCAUGUGUCUCCGGGUCAUCAUUAAGCACGAUUUUCCUGGUCAUUGGCCUGCGGUGGUCGACAAGAUGGACUACUACUUACGGUCACCCAACAGUGGGAACUGGCUUGGCAGUUUGCUGUGCUUGUAUCAGCUGGUGAAGACCUAUGAAUAUAAGAAAGCAGAGGAAAGGGAGCCCCUCCUGGCAGCCAUGCAGAUAUUUCUGCCUCGAAUUCAGCAGCAAAUCCUGCAGCUACUUCCCGAUGCCUCCCAUUACUCCGUGUCGCUGCAGAAACAGAUUCUGAAGAUCUUCUAUGCGCUCGUUCAGUAUGCGCUGCCUCUUCAGCUGGUGACUCACCAGACCAUGACAACCUGGAUGGAGAUCUUUCGGACCAUUAUCGAUAGGACGGUCCCUCCGGAGACUCUUCAAUUUGAUGAGGAUGACCGGCCAGAGCUGGUGUGGUGGAAGUGUAAGAAGUGGGCUCUGCAUAUCGUCGCUCGACUCUUUGAGCGGUAUGGAAGCCCGGGAAAUGUCACAAAAGAAUACUUCGAAUUUUCUGAAUUUUUUUUGAAAACAUAUGCAGUCGGGAUUCAGCAGGUACUACUAAAAAUUUUAGACCAAUACAGACAGAAAGAAUAUGUAGCUCCCCGUGUUCUUCAGCAAGCAUUCAACUAUCUCAACCAAGGCGUUGUCCAUGCUGUGACCUGGAAGCAGAUGAAGCCGCAUAUACAGAAUAUCUCUGAAGAUGUGAUCUUUUCUGUGAUGUGUUACAAAGACGAGGAUGAAGAGCUGUGGCAAGAAGACCCAUAUGAGUACAUAAGGAUGAAAUUUGAUAUUUUUGAAGAUUAUGCAUCUCCCACUACCGCAGCCCAAACCCUCUUGUACACAGCUGCGAAGAAAAGGAAAGAGGUGUUGCCAAAAAUGAUGGCGUUCUGUUAUCAAAUACUAACAGACCCGAACUUUGACCCUAGGAAGAAAGAUGGAGCCUUGCAUGUGAUUGGUUCCCUGGCUGAGAUUUUGUUGAAGAAGAGUUUAUUCAAGGACCAAAUUGAGCUAUUCCUACAGAACCAUGUAUUUCCAUUAUUAUUGUCUAACCUGGGAUAUCUGCGAGCUAGAUCCUGCUGGGUGCUGCACGCAUUUAGUUCUCUGAAGUUUCAUAAUGAGCUCAACCUCAGAAAUGCUGUUGAACUAGCGAAGAAGAGCCUGAUUGAAGAUGAGGAGAUGCCCGUCAAGGUCGAAGCUGCGCUUGCACUGCAGUCCCUGAUCUCUAACCAGACCCAAGCCAAGGAGCACAUGAAACCACACGUGAGGCCCAUCAUGCAGGAGCUGCUGCAUAUCGUCAGAGAGACGGAGAAUGAUGAUGUCACCAACGUCAUCCAGAAGAUGAUCUGUGAGUACAGUCAUGAGGUGACCUCCAUCGCUGUCGACACCACCCAGCACUUGGCUGAGAUAUUUGGUAAAGUUCUUCAAAGUGAUGAAUAUGAAGAAGUUGAAGACAAAACUGUCAUGGCUAUGGGAAUUUUGCAUACUAUCGACACUAUCCUAACAGUUGUGGAAGAUCAUCAAGAGAUCACACAGCAGUUGGAGAACAUCUGCCUGAGAAUCAUCGAUCUUGUUUUACAGAAGCAUGUCAUUGAAUUCUAUGAGGAAAUCCUCUCCCUGGCAUACAGUUUAACCUGCCAUGCCGUCUCCCCGCAGAUGUGGCAGCUCCUGGGCAUUUUAUAUGAAGUUUUCCAGCAGGAUUCCUUUGAGUACUUUACAGACAUGAUGCCUCUUCUGCAUAAUUACGUGACAGUAGACACCAACACGCUGCUGUCCAAUCCAAAGCACUUGGAAGUCCUGUUCUCCAUGUGCAGGAAGGUCCUGUGUGGAGACUCGGGAGAGGACGCCGAGUGCCAUGCCGCCAAACUCCUGGAAGUCAUCAUCCUCCAGUGCAAAGGAAGGGGAAUUGACCAGUGUAUCCCGCUGUUCGUUCAGCUUGUUCUGGAGAGACUGACCCGUGGGGUCAAGACCAGCGAGCUGCGUACGAUGUGUCUCCAGGUGGCGAUCGCUGCCCUCUACUAUAGCCCUGAGCUGUUGUUCCACACUCUGGAGCAAGUCCAGCUGCCACACAACCCGGGACCUGUCACCUCGCAGUUCAUAAACCAGUGGAUGAACGACACGGAUUACUUCCUUGGACACCACGACCGGAAGAUGUGUAUAAUAGGACUGAGCAUCCUCUUGGAGCUGCAGAACCGACCUCCUGCUGUGGACGCCGUGGCUGCACAGAUCCUGCCCUCCAUCCUCUUCCUGUUCCUCGGCCUGAAGCAGGUCUGUGCAACACGGCAGAUGGUCAGCCGUGGAGAUCCCGCAAAAGCACAGAAAACCGACAUGGAGGAAGAUGAGGAGAUCUCCAGUGAGGAGGAGGAGACGAACGUCACAGCUACAGCCAUGCAGUCGCACGCCGGCAGAGGCGAGGAGGAGGAUGACGAGGACUGGGAUGAAGACGUGCUGGAGGAGACGGCCCUGGAGGGCUUCAGCACCCCGCUGGACCUCAACAACAGUGUGGACGAGUACCAGUUCUUUACACACGCUCUACUGACUGUGCAGAAUCGGGAUGCUGCCUGGUAUCAGCUGCUGGUGGCGCCCCUCAGUGAGGAUCAGAAGAGAAAGCUGCAGGAGGUGUACACAUUGGCGGAGCAUCGGAGGGCGAUGGGAGUAGCAGGGAGGCUUCACAUCUGAGGACAAGAGCAUCUUCUCUGCGUUUAACUUUGGGGUCGCGCCCAGCAACAACUGAAAGGCGUGUCCACCGUUCACCGACCAGCAUCGCCGCUGCUGCUUUUACGGAAUGCGUGAGGGCCAAGAGGGAAACAAGGGGCCGUGUCGUCGGCAUCAGGCAGCCACGGACUCGCUCGCCCUUCCCUUGAGUAUGUAUUUUUCAAUGCCUACUGUAAUGUAUGAAAUUAAAGAAAAGCAGAGUCAUUGAGUGGAAAGGACAAAGCAUCUGGUCUGAAGGCCAAACACUGAGGGUAGAGUUAGGAAUCGGCGCAUGGGUCUCAGGUUUUUGCCUUGCAGAAUCAGUGGAUUUAUGCAGAUAACAGUGCCUUCUGUUGUACAUGAAUUAUCAGAAACAAAUUUUUUUGGAGUGUGUUGCAAUUUUUUUAAAUCACAAAACAUAUUUCUAGAUAUCCUGUAAACCUUGGUUGUAUGUCACUUCACUCUUCAUUUUCCUCUGCAUCAACUGUCAGGCAGUUAGUGUGAGUCUAACUCUGGUUUCAGAAACACCCUUGCUCCUUCGACUUUCUUCAGGGGUCGGAGCUUAGGCCGUGACUGGCUCUUCAUAAGACAUCCAUGGCUUUCCAGAGAACUGCUGUAUUCCCUUUUUCGUCACAUUUUCCCUCUUGAAUGGGGUGAUGUUUCAGGAUCACAAAUGUGUUGAUUACGUCGGUAACCUGCUAAGUUCAGGCUUUUCCCACUUCUGGGCACCAGCAGCAGGGGCCUGUUAGUCACUGGGCUUAGCAGCAGGACUGAAGUUCUUACGAAUCACAUGUUUAACUAUAUUGUACUGGUUGGGGGCAUCCAAAUACGAAGGCACAUUAAAGUUUUAAGAAGGCAAUUUCUGGGGGAGGACUUGGUCGCUACUUACCAUUCCAGCCACGUUGGGCAGGGUCCAAAGCAUUUUAUAAUUUUUUUCUUUUUCUUUUCUCCUUCUGGCCCUCCCUCCUUUCUUUUUAGAUAGAGUCUUGCUCUGUAUGCAACUCAGGCUGGCCCCAAAGUUGCAUCCCUCUUGACUGCUGUUGACAGGCCCAGCUGAUUUUAACUUUUUAAGUCAGGGUCUUGCUUCACAGUUCUGGCUGGACUGGAAUUCUCCUCAGCCUAGUCUGGCCUCAGACUUGCUGCAGUCCUCCCGCCUCAGCUUCCCAGGGAUUGGAGUUAUGGCCCACUUCAGGUGACCCAGCAGAUCUCACUACCUGCUUUCUCAGAGUCUGAAAUUUCUCCAGCCUGAUUUAACUUGUUCUCUAUUAUGGCUCAGUUGGUUUUUAAAAAUUCUCCAAGGGUUGGUCUUUUGGUCAGCUGGGUUUACAGGUGAGUGAUGUCAGUAUUGUAGAUGACUUUUUCCUGAACUGUUCAAAAGCCGAAUAUGAACCCCACAGUGCUUUUAUUUAGCAAAAUGAAAAUGUCAUCAGGACUUGAUGUAUUUCUGGAUGUGAUACAAAUUUUGUUUCUGUGAAAUGCCUACAGUGUAAAUUUCCAUCAGCAGCUGGCAGAAUUUUCUGGAUGCUUCCUGAAUUGCCAACCCUUGCUCAUAUAUUUUAUUUUAAAAUUUAGGUUAUUUAAUUUUUUUUUAAAGAAGUAUUGAAAAGCCAUACGUUUCAGAGUGAAAUGGCCCUGCAUUUUCCCACCCCUCGUUUUUCAGGGCACCAAAGCUUCAUGACCCCCAGCAAUUAGAAGAGAAAGAUUGCAUUGUGGGGGAUUUUAGAUCUUUGAAAUUGUUUGGUUUCCCCCAUGUCUCAUACAGUUUAAUUGUAACGUAGGUAAUAUGCCUUCACACUGGAUCUCGGGGGCGCAUGGGUUUUAGAGAUGUUGCUUUGUGGUGGAUUGUCAUCUGCAGUUGUAAAGGGAACAGAGACUCCUGCACGCCACCACACCUUGUUUUUGAAGCCAGAGUCAUUGUAUGAUUUUAUUACCAGAAGUGCUAACCGGAAUGUGAUCUGGUUACCUUGGAAAUGCAGGAACUUACAUGAAUGUACUGUAAAAUAAAGUGUGGGCUAAUUCCCACCA